CAGUCGAUGUUUUAUCAAAUGGACAAAAUGAUAUUAAUGAAGGAACAAUCUUUCUCCUAGAACAACUGUCUCUUAAUAAUGAAAAAGUAUCAGCGAUUUUUGGAACAAAAGUAACUUACAUAAGAUAUUGUGAAAAUUGCCACAAGCACGACAAUGAUGAUGAAACACACCCUUGGAUAAUGCUACCUUGCUAUUCAAGAAUUUCUAGUGUUCAAAAGGAAUGGAUUUCAAAAUUGCAAAGCUUAAAUGAGGAAUUAAGUGUUAAAAUUUGCACCAGUUGUGGGGAUGAUAUGACUAAUACAGAGUCACUAGUUUCAUCUCUACCAGAUAUUUUAAUUUUCUUCAUUCCACGAACUUAUUCAUUUGCGUAUAACCGUCGCCAGGUGAAAUCAGUUAAAAAAGUCAUUGUUGAAGAAAAUUUGGAAAUUGAUGAAUUAGGUAAACCUAAAAGAUACGAGUUAAUUGGAAUGGCUGUACAUCACGGUGAUCUCAGCAGCAGUGGACAUUAUACAGCAUACCUAAGAAAAGGAAGCAAAACAAUUGAAUACAAUGACAACUCCAUCAACCCUGAUUUCAAUCUGAAAAACAAUGAAAGAUAUAUAUCAAGCAAUGUGUGUAUGGUACUGUACAAAGCAAAUGAGAUGAAAACAGUUGUUCUUCAAUCAAGUACAAACCCACCAAUCCUUUCCUGGAAAAGUCCUCCUUUUACAUUGUAUCAUUCAGUUAAAGCUGGUAGCAUUGAUUGGAAUGUAAUAAAAGAAGAAUACAAAUGUCUUUCAACUGGGCAACAUUUAUCUACUGAUGUUAUAGUAUAUUAUAUUAGAGCAGUGCUUACAAAUAAGGUUCAAGUGAUUGAUCCUGUAUUUUUACCAGUUUUUGAAGCCCGUGGAUAUUUUGCCACACUAAAAUAUACUAAAGGUUGCACACUGUCAAACGAAAUAAUUUUGUUCCCCAUACAUCAAAGUCAUCAUUGGAUUCUAAUUGCAGUUGAUGCAAUAAACAAAGUUAUUUAUGAAGUGGAUUCACUGGGCCUACACAGACCUACAAUAAUAAAUUCCAUUUGGUAUUAUUUGUGCAGAGAAUCAAAUAUGACACUUGAUUUUAAUGAUUGGUCAUACUGCAAUUGUCAGAUGAGUAACACACCAGUGCAGACAAAUGCAGUGGAUUGUGGUGUUUUUGUUUGCAUGGCAGCAAAAUGUUUUAUUGAAAAAAGACAAAUGAAUUAUUGCCAAGAUGAUAUGGAGAAUGCAAGAAUUGAAAUUCUGGGAAUUAUUUUGAAAUCAUGUAAGAUAAUUGCUUGCAUGCACGAUUAUUUUCAUUGAAAUGCAGCUGGCCAAACCUCAAUACCUUCAAUAAAAGAU